UGUUUUCAAUUCACUGUAUUGUGAAAUCGUCAUAGCAUAGAGUGCAGAACGAGAUCAAUGUUGUUAGACGACGUCACGUCAACGACGAAUCGCGCUCACAUUACAACGUUCGGGUGAUUUGAUGUGUUUAUAUGGAUUUGUUCCACGACAAGUGAACAGUGGGAAGUGCUUUGGUGGACCGGGAGAAGAAGAAUUGAAAAAAUGACGGCUAAAACCGCUACCAGUAUUUUAUUAGAGUUUUGUACUCAGGAAAAAGUCGCACCCCCGCAAUAUGAACCCGUUAUUCAUGGUAGCAAUCCAAGUGAAUUCGUAAUGCUUGUCAAAGCAUUCAAUUUGAUUGCCAAAGGUUCCGGGCGCACAAAAAAAGAAGCCAAGCAUGCGGCUAGCCAACAACUCAUCGAGGGUUUGUCUCGUACUGACAAGUACAAAAACAAACUCAAUAUCGAUCCGCUCCCACCACCACCACCACCGCCGCCGCCUGGAACAAAGGACAAUUAUUUUGGGGCAAUUUUAAGCUUAUGCAUGAAACAUGAAUUACAGCAACCCGUUAUUGAAGAGAUAUCGGUAACAGGUGAAGGAAGCCAUAAGCCGGAAUUUACAUAUCGCUGCAAAUUGGGAACCAAUGAAACCUAUGGUGUUGCCGCAACGAAGAAGGAGGCUAAACGCAUCGCCUCAGAGGAAAUGUUAAAAAAAUUGGAAGCUCAACUGGAAAGGGAGGAUUCUACAUCGUGUGAUUCCAGCUCGAUUUGUAGCAAUGAAGUGGUACCGAAUGUCCUUCCGCUCAUGAAUUUGCCAACUGUUGAAGAGGUUUUGGCGGAGUAUCGUCGCUUGAAGAAGCCAUAUCUUCAGCCUGUUGUCGAUGGGCUGCGCUAUCGCAAGAAUUUCUUCAUGAAUUUGCCGGCAGGAGACAGGCGAAUGGCGCAACAGGUGCUUACCAAUCGUUCGGAUGUGGUAAGCGCCAAAGAAAUGGUUGACCAAACUUGCAAAGUACUCAACCUAAAAUAUGAAAUUAAACCAAUGAAAACGCCACCCAAUUAUUUGCGAUUUUGUUUGAUUGACACCAAAUAUGAUUGUGUUUUCAUCGAACAUUCGAACAAAUUGUUCAGCAGAAUCGUCGAAUAUUUUAAAACAAUGCUGAAAAUGCAAAAUUUAGCAGAAAAACGAGAGCGCAUCAAUGAAAUGAACAACAACUUUUAAUUUUCCAUACAUUUAUUCCAGUUUUAUCAACUGCCAAAAUCAUUUUCCAGCAUUUUUGUUUAAAUGACAGUCCAUAUACGAAGUUAUGUUGGCAAUACAUGGCUGUCUUUGUAUUCAAUGACGAUAUAGAAUGAAAUACACUUAUAGAUACACGAUAUGUUUCAUGAAGUAAGUGUCUCGUUGGUUAUCUCAUUCAUAGAUUGGCCAUUUCAAUUCACACUCAAAACUUAUUGUUAAUUCAAAAAUCGACUCAACCAUUCGAUACGUUCCUUACAAAGGAGAUUAAAUCAAACGAUCACAUUGAAUAAUAUGGUCCAAUGAACGUGAAAUGUGUGCGACGUGCGAGCGUGUCACUUAGUUCGAAUAACAAAAUUAACCAUCAUUUUCCAUCAUUUUCCAGCGAUAUAUUUUCCAUCAUUAAUUGUUAGAUUUUAUAUCGUUUUGAUUCGCAACUUUUUCGAGUUGCAUUUCCAUUUGCAUGCAUAAUCUAUUUUAUUUUAAUUAAAUUUGCCAUAUUGAGCACUAAAUGAGCACUAACUAUAACCCAACAUCAAUUCUUAUAUCAAAAUCUAAAGAGCUAUCUCGUGCGAUUAAGUAGAAAAAUUGAAUUUCCAAAGACUUGGGCCAAGUGACUUGUGGCUAAGAAAAUAAUAAACUGUUAAAGCACAUUGAAUUCUGAGCUAAAAUUGGUUAUUGAUAUAUUUUAUAGUGUUUAAAAAAAAAUGAAGAAAAAAAUGUCAAUUUUGAUUUUCUGACAUAUCAAGCGAAUUUUAUUAUACGAAGACAAAAUAAAGAGAUUUGAUUUUCAUUUGAAGAGACAGCAA